GCCUGGUCCUCAUGUUUUAGGAUUAAAGCUUCACCAUCUGGAUUCAAACUAAAAAACAGAGCAAAGGGAAAUCGUCCGAGCUCCACAGUCGAGACGUGAUUUAAGAUAAAGACACAACAACAGCUUCCCUGGACCUGAGGAGACUCAGGCCCUGAGAUGCAGACCCGUGUUGUCCAGAUCUGGGGUUUCCUGCUGACGGUGCUGGGCUGGAUCUUUGUGGCGUGCACGAUGGCCAUGGAGGGCUGGAAGAUCACCUCCAUCGGGGGCAUGGGGGGCUCCGCCAUGAUCAAGGUGGCCUGGUACUGGUCCAGCCUGUGGAGAUCCUGUUUCACCGACUCCACUUCCGUCAGUAACUGCUACGACUACCCGAUGCUGUGGUCUGUGGAGGGUUACAUCCAGGUCGUGAGGGGCCUGCUGAUGGCGGCUCUCAGCCUGGGGGCGCUGGGCUUCGUGCUCAGUCUGCUGGGGAUGGAGUGCACCUUCAUCGGAGGGAAAGACCGUUCCAAGCAGAAGAAGAUCUACGCUGGAGGCUGCUGCCACAUCGUCGGAGGUUUUCUGUCUGUCUGCGGCUACGCUGUUUACGCUCAGUAUGUUUCAGUCGAAUACUUCAACCCCGACUUUAAUGGACUGAAGUACGACCUGGGCACUCCUCUGUUCCUGGGCUGGGUCGGCUCGGCUUUCCAUAUGACAGGAGGGUUUUUCUAUCUGUGGUCUGUGUGGACGCCGCUCUGUGGAGGAAGUCACAAGGUGAUCAACAUUCAGCCAAUAGCUGACCCAGAACAAAACAAGUCCAUCACUGCUCUGUCUUCAGUGUCAGAGAUCGCAUCUAAGACCAAAGUGUCAUCUGUCUCUGAGCUGGCGUCCAGGUCCGAGCGCUCAGACGUGUCGGCCAUCUCCUCAAGAUCAGAGCGUACGUCCAAAUCUAGACGCAUGGCCAAGUCAGGACAGUCGACGAAGACAGGGCGAAGUAUUAAGUCUGCAGGGUCGGGGUCGGGAUCAGGAUCGGGGUCAGAGUCCAGCCUCUCGUUGAGGUCCAGCAUUCCGACUCUGUCCGACUCGAGGAGCAGCAGCAGCAGCCGGACGGUCUCGUCUCUGUCCAGCAGCGCGAGCAGCGAGUCGAGCAGAAACUCUUUUAUCUGAGGAGAAACAAACUGGACAAUUCAUGAAGCUUUAACUUCAACUGGAUGUUUCGUGUGAAUAAAAACUGAUGAAAUCUUGUGUUUUAUAAGAAUA